CUGCUUGUGGCAACUGACCAAACCUCAACUAUACCAGCCACUGUACCAGUCUCUGCCUGGCCCGACCAGACAGAUAGUCCAUCCUUAAACACAGUGACCUCGCCCCCCCUGGAGGUAAUGCCCCCCACAACCACAGUGGAAGCGCAGCCGAAAGGUAAGUACCCAGAUACACCGGAAGAAUCCCUGACCUCUGACCUCUUACCCUUACACUACAUGAGCUUUGACACCUCAAAUAAUAUUUUUUUCUCUAAAUGUCUUUUGAUAUUGUUUAGAGAUUUUGACUAUUCUUGAAAUGCAUCCACUUUGGACAUACCGAUAGUCACAUAGAUCUUUCUGUGACCUAUCAUUUAGUACAUUUUACAAACAUUUGGGACUAUAAGGAUAGCGAAACAAGCCUUACUUGAAACAGAUGUGUAAGAGUGACAGGCAGGAGAAGCAGAAAUCCUCACUGUUUGGCAGAGAAAACUCAAAGAAGCCAGUAGACCCCCUAUUUACCCCCAUUAACCUCUUCCAGUGUGGAUCACGACUGCUGGAGGCCAUAGAGGGCCUUAAUCUCCCCGGAGGUUGCACUGGGGUAAAGAGAUUAAACAUGAUUACUGGGCUAAAGUAGUCCUUAAGGCACGGUACGGUAUAUGGGCCAUGAUGCUGCCCUGUUAACAUCUUCAUGUGCUAGGCUAUUUACAUUUGAGGGUUUCCUGUCCGGUGUCAGCUACUAGCUUACACUUAGUAGCGUCCCCCAGAGCCUGGGUGAGUAUUAGAACAGAGCCUUGUUGUUCUACUCACUGUACAGAGCCCACAUUUGUAACCCCCAGAUAUAUAGAGACAGUGACAGUGGGAGUGAAUAGGGGAGUUUGGAGAGUAUGGAAUGCAUACUUUGACAGCACCAAUGUUGAUAAGGUAAAUCUAUCAUUCUAUGCUGUUUUUUGGGGGUCUAUUUUGACAGAGACAGUUUGCAAAUACUGAAGGUGAGAAGUUGGCCAGGUGUUUUCUACUCUCUUGUUUGGAAGAUUAAAUACCCAGCAGGCUCACUAUUUCUCAGGAACUGGCAGCAUGUUGAUCUUAUCCCAGGGAUUUCUAGAACACAGAUGAAUGCAGCUACUUUGAUUCCCUUGGGAAUGUUUGAUAGGAAAAGGAAUGCAACAGGACAUUUCCUAUCACCUGCAAUAAAAAUGACCCCAAAGUGCUUUGUGGCAUUUGACAUUUGAAUCAAAUGACCAUUCUGUUUGUUGCCCCCUUACCACCUUCCUCCUGCUUAGCAAGGGUCUGAUUAUAUCCACCGGUGUAUUGUGUGCUGCCCGCCCAGCCGGUGCUAUACCUCACACCGUACAGGGAAAGUGCUGCCACUGGACACAGUCAGCAGCCAGGGGCGAUAAAUCAUUAAAUACGCUAUCAUUGUGUAACAUCAUCUCUUUCUGGAGCACAAGGUUGAGCUAGCAUUAAUGUGCUGGGGACCAAAGCUCAAGCAUUUCUUAUCUAUUUCUGAAUACCAAUUGAAUGAAGAGCUGCUAAAUAUUUCACAAGCCGAGGGAAGACAGGUCGUGGUAAGGGAGAGCAAAACAGGCAAAAUUAUGGAGCCCGUGGAGAUAGAUAGAUAGAUACAUGAAACCAUAACAGGAUGGAGGCACAGAACACUGUCCUUGAGGAUGGGCCACAGGGCAGAUGCGAUGGAAGUGAUGAUAUCAGGGCAUGGGGUAUCCCAUUUCUACUGAUACAGACUGAAAUGGGGGAAACUUGAAUCCUGUAAAUAUCACAGGACAAUGCCAGCGAGCCAACAUCAACAUAUUAUAGAUAUACAGUUGAAGUCAAAAGUUUACAUACACUUAGGUUGGAGUCAUUAAAACUGGUUUUUCAAACACUCCACAAUUUUCUUGUUAACAAACUAUAGUUUUGGCAAGUCGGUUAGGACAUCUACUGACACAAGUAAUUUUUCCAACAAUUGUUUACAGACAGAUUAUUUCACUUAUAAUUCACUGUAUCACAAUUCCAGUGGGUCAGAAGUUUACAUACACUAAGUUGACUGUGCCUUUAAACACCUUAGAAAAUUCCAGAAAAUGAUGACAUGGCUUUAGAAGCUUCUGCUAAUUGACAUCAUUUGAGUCAAUUGGAGGUGUACCUGUGGAUGUAUUUCAAGGCCUAACUUCAAACUCAGUGCCUCUUUGCUUGACAUCAUGGGAAAAUCAAAUGAAAUCAGCCAAGACCUCAGAAAGAAAAUUCUCCACAAGUCUGGUUCAUCCUUGGGAGCAAUUUCCAAACGCCUGAAAGUACCACGUUCAUCUGUACAAACAAUAGUAUGCAAGUAUAAACACCAUGGGACCACGCAGCCGUCAUACCGCUCAGGAAGGAGACGCGUUCUGUCUCCUAGAGAUGAACGUACUUUGGUGCGAAAAGUGCAAAUUAAUCCCAGAACAACAGCAAAGGACCUUGUGAAGAUGCUGGAGGAAACAGGUAAAAAAGUAUCUAUAUCCACAGUAAAACGAGUCCUAUAUCGACAUAACCUGAAAGGCCGCUCAGCAAGGAAGAAGUCACUGCUCCAAAACCUCCAUAAAAAAGCCAGACUACGGUUUGCAACUGCACAUGGGGACAAAGAUCGUACUUUUUGGAGAAUAUCCUCUGGUCUAAUGAACCAAAAAUAGAACUGUUUGGCCAUAAUAACCAUCGUUAUGUUUGGAGAAAAAAGGGGGAGGAAGCUUGCAAGCCGAAGAACAUCAUCCCAACCGUGAAGCACGGGGGUGGCAGCAUCAUGCUAUGGAGGUGCUUUGCUACAGAAGGGACUGGUGCACUUCACAAAAUAGAUGGCAUCAUGAAGAAGUAAAAUUAUGUGGAUAUAUUCAAGCAACAUCUCAAGACAUCAGUCAGGAAGUUAUAGCUUGGUUGCAAAUGGGUCUUCCAAAUGGACAAUGACCCCAAGCAUACUUCCAAAGUUGUGGCAAAAUGGCUUAAGGACAACAAAGUCAAGGUAUUGGAGUGGCCAUCACAAAGCCUUGACCUCAAUCCUAUAGAAAAUGUGUGGGCAGAACUGAAAAAGUGUGUGCGAGGAAGGAGGCCUACAAAUCUGACCAGUUACACCAGCUCUGUCAGGAGGAAUGGGCUAAAAUUCACCCAACUUAUUGUGGGAAGCUUGUGGAAGGCUACCUGAAACGUUUGACCCAAGUUAAACAAUUUAAAGGCAAUGCUACCAAAUACUAAUUGAGUGUAUGUAAACUUCUGACCCACUGGGAAUGUGAUGAAAGAAAUAAAAGCUGAAAUAAAAAAUUCUCUCUACUAUUAUUCUGACAUUUCACAUUCUUAAAAUAAAGUGGUGAUCCUAACUGACCUAAGACAGGGAAUUUUUACUAGGAUUAAAUGUCAGGAAUUGUGAAAAACUGAGUUUAAAUGUAUUUGGCUAAGGUGUAUGUAAACUUCUGACUUCAACUGUAAGUGGUUAAUAUGCCAUCUUGACAACUCAUGAUUUUUCUGUACACAAUUGCAGUUACUCAAUCAUCUGAAGCAGCUGACGCCACAUCUGACUCAGUCAUACCAUCAUUUGAUGCAACCAUUCCAACAUCAGAUGGAUUUACUCAAACACUAGACAGCACAACGACAACUUCUUACACAGUGACUUCUGACACCAGUACCACAUCACCUGACACCAGUACCACAUCAUCUGACACCAGUACCACAUUACCUGACACCAGUAUCACAUCAUCUGACACCAGUACCACAUCACCUGACACCAGUACCACAUCAUCUGACACCAGUACCACAUCAUCUGACACCAGUACCACAUCACCUGACACAAGUACUACAAUAUCUGACACCAGUACCACAGCAUCUGACACCAGUACUACAACAUCUGACACCAGUACGGCAUUUGACACAAGUUCUACAGCAACUGACACAAGUUCUACAUUUGACACAAGCACUACAUUUGGCAGAACUACUACAAAAUCUGACACAAAUGCUACAACAUUUUACACAAAUACUACAUUUGGCACAAGUUCUACAACAUUUUACACAGUGACUCCAACAUCUGACAUAUUUACCACAACUUUUGGCACUGUUACCUCAGCAUCUGCUGUAUUCACUUCAACAUCAGGUGUGCCCUUUCUGGCAUCGGACACAGUUACUCCAGCAUCUGAUGUAGUAACACCACUAAUAAAUGGAUUUACCGCAGCACCUGAUGGAUCUACUUCAAUACCGGGAGUAGUUCCUCCACCUCCCGACACAGUUACUUCAGCACCUGAACCUCUUUCCCGGGCACUGGGUGGAGAUACCGCCCAAGCACCAGACACAUCUACACCAGAUGCAGCUGCUCCAUCCCCUGACACAGAUACCUCAACAUCUGAUGCUACUACCCAGGCACCUGAUGUAGUUACUACAGCUCCAGACUCAUCUUCCGCAGAUCCAGAUCCUGCUACCCCAUCUCCUGACACAGGUGAUCCAGCUCCUGAUUCAGUUGAUCCAGCUUCUGAUUCAGGUGAUCCAGCUCCUGAUUCAGUUGAUCCAGCUCCUGAUUCAGUUGAUCCAGUUCCUGAUUCAGGUGAUCCAGCUCCUGAUUCAGUUGAUCCAAUUCCCGAUUCAGGUGAUCCAGCUCCUGAUUCAGGUGAUUGUGCUAUAGCAACAAUACCCUUUUAUUUUUCCAUUUAGAAGUUUACGCAUAUUCUAUCAGUAAACUAUGGUAACACUGCAAAUAUUGAAGGAACCACAUUUAGAAUGAACAAUGUUAUCCUCUACUAUGCAGUUGUGUAGGCAGUCUGUAUCUGCUAAUAUGCAGUCCUGUCAGGAAGGUGUUAUGACCUUCAUACGAGGUGUUGCCUUAAUGGCUUCAUCAAAUGGUUGGGACAAUACCUAAAAGGUUCAUUCGACACUAAUAAAGAAUGAGUAAACAGUUUGAAGUUGCUCUUUUUUUCUGAUCUCUCACAUUCUCUCUGGUGUACACAGUUGCCCCCAUAACUGAAGCCAAAUGGGAAAGCAAAGAGGAGGAGAAUAAGAAAGAGAGAAAAAAAGGUAUAUUGAUCAACGGUAGUCUAGUAGUGUUUGUACUGUAUGCUAACUUUGUUAUCAUUAGCAUGUAAAUUUGUAGCGGUGUCGGUAACCAUCCAUUUUGAAUUACCUGAACCCACUCACGGUGACUCAGCAAUGGGGUUGAAGUUGACGUGUUAGUCGCCUGGUUGCUAUAGGAAAACAUCCCCACUGGGGGUUCAGAGUGCAAAUAGAUAAUUGAUGGACAAAAUAGGAGCGGAAAAGCCUUGAGACAUUUCUUGGAUGAGCCCAUGUCCCAGUAACAUACCUGAUCCAUGGUUUCAUGAGUCUAUUGACUCAAAGCACCAGGCUGCUAACAUGCAUUAGGAGUGGUUUGUUUGUGUGUGUGUGAAACCUAGCGCAGCUAAUGUAUUUUUGUUGUUGACAAGGACCAUGCGUUACAGAAUGGGCCACAUAGUAUUGUGCGGGUGACUCUGUCACCACUCAGACUCCACUCAGCAGCUGUAGAUUAACCAGUAUUGAAAACUAGCUUUGGACGGUGAUUACUAUCACUUCAGGGUUGUGUUCAUUAGGCACUAAAACGGAAGAAAACAGACUGAAGCUCAUUUGGUUUUCUGUUGUAAAAACAUUAUAAAACUUUUUCCAUUGCGUUCCCUAAUAAACACAUCCCAAGUAAGGCCUCUUACUGCUGGUGAGAUGGAUUGUCUGAUUAGGAAUGAGAUGUUGUUCUGGUAGAGGAGUAAAUAUCUAUACUUUGUUAAUUACUAAACGUUGUAAUGCACAAUGCUGUGUGUUAAUGGGUAGAUUUACAUGGUUGAUAACUAUUUAUGGAUUGUAUGCUGUCUUUAUCUUCGACUCAUGCAAGAUGUCUGACAGUGACUCACUAUUAGCUGUUGGUAACCUCUUGUGUUUCAGGGUUCCUUUGGCAUAUGUUUUUUUAUUUUAGUGGCCCCUUUAUUUUAGCGACUGUGUAGUAGAGGCGUGUACACAUUGGCAUGUUCGUUUUAGCUAUAACUCAGUUAAAUAGAUGCUUUAUUUCCCAAGCGGUUGUCAAACUGUUGAUUCCUGGUGGGUCUAAAUACAGCCAGUCUAAGGUUGCAUACGUCCAGUUUCAAGGUAAGAAAUUAUUUCCCACACUGAAGCAUUAGAUCUGUUUGGACAAGACAACUGUGGAAAAAAUGGCCAGUUUGUCCAUUAUUUUCCUUCAUUCAUUCAUCUUUUGUUGUUUCCAUGCGUUUCUUUGUUGCAUUUUGGUGUUCUGUUCGCUUCAUAAGGUAAGCAACUAAUUUCUGUUCCAUUUUAGUAAUACUGUUGUUACCUUUUAUUGUGAACUUAAUGAAAUCUCACAACCUAUAGAGUUUGUGUUUCCACUGAUUGUAUAAUGUCAUCAGUGUCUGUUUGAACUGUGGAUUCAUUUGUGAGGCAGUGGCCAAUGGCCCAUUCAUAUUUGAUAAGCUGUUCUUGCCCCCCGUCCCACUGCUCUGCUCUGUGGCACAGUAGGUCUUCAUAUUGCACCAGCAGCAUCUUCAAAAUAAUGUGUCAAUAAUUAAUCCCCUCUAAACAAAGAGAUGUAACAUGAUGCCUGAUUAAACAACUAAACUGUCAUCUAAAUCUCCUUGUAAAUUAGCAUUAUUCAGCUUCUUGUGGUAUAAAUAAUAAAUAAUAAUAAUAUGCCAUUUAGCAGACGCUUUUAUCCAAAGCGACUUACAGUCAUGCGUGCAUACAUUUUUGUGUAUGGGUGGUCCCGGGGAUCGAACCCACUACCUUGGCGUUACAAGCGCCGUGCUCUACCAGCUGAGCUAAUGGAACAAACUGCUAAAGCAUAAUAAGCUCCAUUAUGACAUCCAUAUGUCACGACUUCCGCCGAGGCUGCCUCCCCUCCUUGUUCGGGUAGGUUUCGGCGUUCGGCGUCACUGGCUUACUAGCUACUGCCGAUCCAUUUAUCAUCACUCCAUUUGUCUUUUCUUCUAUCACACACACCUGGUCCUUAUUCCCUCAUUAGUUAUGGUAUAAGUGUUCCCUCUGCUUCCUUGUCUGUGUGGGUGAUUGUUUGUUUGUGGAGGUUAGUGAAGCUCAGUGGAGCUCGUGUAUUGUGUAUCGACGGGAGUAUUUUUCCCGUGUGCCUUGUAAUGAUAAUAAUAAUAUGCCAUUUAGCAGAUGCUUUUAUCCAAAGCGACUUACAGUCAUGCGUGCAUACAUUUUUGUGUAUGGGUGGUCCCAGGGAUCGAACCCACUACCUUGGCGUUACAAGCGCCGUGCUCUACCAGCUGAGCUACAGAGGACCACUUGUAUUUUCCAGUGCGCCUGUUUUGUGCCCUGGAGUGUGUUUGACGCAUUUCUGCGUAAACCUGUAUUUUGCGGAUUAAAGCCUGUUAUUCUGUGAUUUACCCUCCUGCGCCUGACUCCUUCAUCACCACCUCAUCACACCAUAUAAACAAUUUGCCAUUUGAGCUGUAAAUCAAUUAAUCAAUUGAUCAAGACUGUAAUGCAAACAAAAUUGAAACAACUUAUUUGGUGUAUUUGCUCUACCAUUAAUUACAUGUUACCCCUCUGUAAAUCAAUGUACAGUAUUCAGAGGCCGGAUCGUUAGCUGGUUAAAUAAUGCAGAUUUUGACUUAUUGAGGUCAAGUGAUUUCCCAUGGGGCCACAAAGUCAGGAACUGGUUUCUGAACUCAGAAUAAUUCAGGUCUAUGGAGCCUGCUAUGUCUUGCCUAUUUGGCUUUUGUAUGAUGAGUGAAACAGUUUGGUGGUACACUCUUAGAGAAAAAGAACCCUUUGAAUAACCUUUUUUGGUUGCAGAUAGAACCCUUUUGGUUCCACGUAGAACCCUUUUGGGUUGCAUGUAGAACCCUUUCUACAGAGAGUUCUACAUGGAACCCAAAAGGGUUCUACCUGGAACCAAAAAUGGUUCUAUCUGGAACCAAAAAGGGUUCUCCUAAGGGGGCAGCCGAAUAACCCUUCUGCAAACGUUUUUUCUAAGAGUGUAGAGUAAAUAACUUUGAGUGCUACCUCUGAGUUUGAAUUGUUUGAAUAGGACCAUUCCUCCUCCUCCUCCUCCUCCUCCUCCUCCUCCUCCUCCUCCACUAACCGUACUCCGCUCUUUCCCCUUGCCAGACUGUGAGUGCUAUGGCCACUCGAACCGUUGCAGUUAUAUUGACUUUAUCAACAUCGUGACAUGUGUCAGCUGCAAACACAACACUAGGGGGCAGAACUGUCAGCACUGUCGACUGGGAUACUUCCGGAAUAUCUCUGCCGAGCUGGACGAUGACAACGUUUGUAUAGGUCAGGACCUCUCCUCAGUUCCUUCAUGUACAUUACACAAUGAUAUGCACAGUGGAAAAUGUUUGAUAAAGUUGAUCAAGACAAGACAGAUGUAGCAUUGUGUUAAGCCUUCAAUCCCUACUAAUCACCUGAAAAUCUGUGAUGUCUCCUGUAUGACCCCUUGCAGGUCAAGAGGAUUAAAGCAUAAUCCUUUGACCCUAUAACAGCUAAAGAGAAUCAUUAUAGCUAGCUAAUAAUUUAUUCAGAAAGGGUUACCAUAGUAGCCUAAAAUGCUAAGGAAUUACAAUUACACCUGCAGGAUCUAAAUGAAUCAGCAUACAAUGUUUGUAAAACAGCAUAUGUAACAAUCAUUAAGGUACCCUUUCUAAAGAUGUUAACUGUUAAGUUGUUAAAUAUACUUUAACUGCUCUUUUCACAUCCAUAUUAGAAUUGUGUUUGGUGGAGCCCAAUGCCAUGCAUCCUAUUCUACUCCCAAUUUAUCAUUGGGUAAGGUGAAAAAAUAACUGUAACUAAAGAAUACAGCCAGUGCCUAAAUUAAAUGUAACUGUCAACAAUUUUAAACAGCAUGCAACAUUCAGGUGUAUUUAUAAACAAAUUAUUUGUAAACCAAGAAAAUUACAAUUACACAAUUCCAACCAAUGAGGUUUAAUGAUUUAUUACUGAUUGAUAUAUACUUAUAAUAAAUAGUCUAUGAACUUAUACACUUUUCAGCCCCUUUAUAAACCCUUGAUUAUAUUUACUUUAAAGUAACAUCAGAGUCAUUCAUCAAUCUAGGAACAUUUUACUACACAAAUAGCACUACACAUAUUACUGAACAGUGCCUAGCAAGAAUGACACACUGCCACCUACUGGAGGAUCUAUCACACACAACAGCAACACUGUUAGUACUGUUAGUACUGGGUCGUGGUCAUUUGGACAUGCAACGUUUUGCAAUGGAAACAAAAAUCUGGAAGUUUCUUACUUGGCAAGUUCCCCAGUUUCAGUCCAUUUCCUUCUGUUUGGUGGCGAAGGAAUACGACCCUGUCCUACCUUGAGAAAAAGCUGAACGUUUGAACAAUGAAGUCAGCUGAGCUCUUAUCAAUGAUAAACACUAUGUUUAUGACAUUUUAUCCAAAUAAGUUUGUCACAGAAUCCAGUGUCAGUGUUAUAAGAUACAGCUGUGAAGUGUGCCUAAUGUUUUUAGGCAAAGGACAAGACAUGUACUAAAGUAAUAUGAUAUUACAGAGAAAUGGUAAAGCAAUGCCUCAGGCUGUCAAGGUUUCCUAAGGCUGAGAGAGACGCCUUAGGGAGUAAAAAAGUAAAACAACACCUACAAUGUUCCUUCAUGUAAAGUCAUUAAACGUGCAUAGAAUCAUCAGUAUAACACCAAUACCACUGACCUGUUUAUGUUGAUGUAUGUACAUCUUUGCAAAAAUGUCUAAAAACCUGUUUUCACUUUGUCGUUAUGGGGUAUUGUGUGUAGAUUGAUGAGGAUUAUUUUUUUUUAAUCAAUUUUAGAAUAAGGCUGUAACGUAACAAAAUGUGAAAUAAGUCAAGGGAUCUGAAUACUUUCCGAAUGCACUAUAUGUGACCUGGGCUAGUGACACUGCUGUUUCAACUAGAUUGAUGAGCACUGAGCUUAGUUAGAUGUGCUGUAUUGUAUUUAUACCCUCACUGAAACAGCAAUGCCUUGUUCAUCCCUUUGUGCAGAGUGUAACUGUAACCAGCUGGGGUCCUUCCACGCCCGCUGCAACGAGACAGGGUACUGCCAGUGUAGGGAUGGCUCCACUGGGCCGAAGUGCGAGGACUGCCUGCCUGGGUACAUCUGGAGACAAGGCUGCUCCCGUAAGUAGGGGUGUAGGUGUGUGUUUGUGUGUGUGUCGGGGGGUGUCUGUGUGUGGGGGUGGGUGGCUGUGGGGGUGGCUGUGGGUGUGUACGUGUGAAGGGGUGGUAAAAUGAAGGGGAAGUAAAAUGGAGGGUAGUGUUCUGAAGAGUAGCCUAAAGUUGAGUCGUUUGCCAAUGAAAUGGUAAUCAAUGCUCAAUGAGCGCUAUGAGUCCUUCGCAAGGAAGUGUAACAAUCUGGCAAGCUUUACUGUAUAAUCACUAAUUCAAGAGAAAAUUAGAACUGUACAGGUAAGGUCAGAACAGGUGUCUUGUUAAUGUACAGUAACUGUUGCCAAAACCAGAACUUUUCUCAGAGUAUCCUGUAUUGUUUCUAGGCUUGAGGCAUUCAGUGGGCCACAGUGAUCCUACUCACUUUGUUUCCUCCCUCCUUAUUCUCCGUCUCCUCCCUGUCUCCCCUUGUAGCCAACGUCUGCGAUGACGACAUGCUGCUGUGCCAGAAUGGAGGCACCUGCUUCCAGAACCAGAAGUGUCUGUGUCUGCCGGAGUACAAGGGCCUGCUGUGUGAGCAGCUGCUCUGCGAGGGAGAGAGGGGCUGCAGCGGUGCCUUUGCCUCCUACCUUAGCCUGGUCGCCAUGCUGAGCUGCCUUCUAGCCAACGCCCUGCUU